AUGACGCCCCAAGAACGACCUGGUCUCUUGACCUUGCCAUCGGAGAUCCAAACGAAAAUCUUUUCCCACCUCGCUUUGUCCUUCGGAAAACCAAGCAUACAAGCGGUCCUUAGAACUUGCAAGCAGCUAUAUGAGAUAGCCCUUCCGCUCACCGUGAAGGUCUUUCGAAACACUGUCCCGUGGCCUGGAACUCACGGACCAUGUUCUCCGGCUCGCAAUAUACAAUUCCUACGCUAUAUUCUCAUUACCAAGCCUUGUCUGGCCAAGCACGUGAAGACUGUGAUUCUUGGCAGGUUCUCGACUGACCAUGGAGGAGACGCAGAUGGCAAGGAGGCAGCCCAAGGCCAAGAAAGCAUUGAUCGUGAGGAGCUCGCCGUCUAUCAGCGGUAUAUCCAGCUCAGAUUGGGCCAACUACCAUCGGGCGACAGUGCUUCAUGGUGUGAUUCUUGGGUAGAGGACCUUGGGAAUGGCACUUCUGAUGCUCAGAUUGCUUUGAUUCUUCUUGCCUGCCCCAACAUCCGGACUCUAUACUUUGAAGUAUCUGAUUCCAACCACUUCGUUCGAUUGCUAAGAACGGCUCGAGAUAUGUCGACUCGAAAUGGCCAACCCGGAGAGCCUGGAUCUGUACAGGAUGGCGGCCAUUUCCCGAAGAUAAGCGUGCCGCUCUGCAACCUCCAAGAGGUCUUUCAUGAACAGGGAGACUUUAGAGAGCGCCAGCAGGACUUCCAAAAAGAAGCAAAAGAACUCUUUACAUUACCUCGACUCCGGGUUUACGAAGCUCUCGGAGUUCAGGGGACAGACAUUAAAGAUGAAUACUUCAGAACUCUACCGGCAAGAGCUUCUCCAGUUGAAGAGAUAACUCUCUCUAACUGCUAUUACACUUGGGAACUCUGGCUUAUACUGGGUGUCUGUCGCGCUGUUAGGAAAUUCGAAUUCAGUUAUUACAGGCCUGAUUGGCUUCUUGGAUAUCCUAAGCUAUUGAUGGCUGAUGACAUCAUGGAUGGCAUCUGGUUACAUCAUAAAACACUCGAAUACCUAUACUUAAAUCUACAGGAGGAUGUGAACUAUGACUGGGAUACUAUCUCAAUUAGUCCUGAGAACCUAUAUCUGGGGAUGAGGCUUCGUCAGAUGCAUUCCUUGAAAACGCUUGUAGUAGGUAUGCAGGCCCUGACGGGAAUGCUUGCUUCCAAGCCUCUUGGAAGCGAGAACAUGCCUCUCAAGGUCGAAGGUGCCCCUAGGAUGGUGGAUUGUCUGCCUGACAACCUAGAGCGUAUUACGAUUCAUUCUUGUGGCGAAGCAAUACUAGACCAGCUGCAGGAGUUGGUCAAGAGUGCUUGCCAUGGUCGCCUCAAAAAGCUCAACUAUAUUUGUGUGCUAUACGAUUAUUGGAGGGUAAACGUUAAGGAGAUUUGUGAAUAUCAUGAAAAAAUCCCACAGUUCAGGAGGGAGCCAGAGGGGCGUUCUGUUGUCACGGUUGCCGCGACGCAGAUCAGAGAAGCAAACUUGCACGACUCGUUCGGGACCUUUUCUCUCUCAGGGCUAACGUACAAUGCCAUGUCCAAAAUUUAUGCUCCCCAUCUUCGUCGACAAUACUUGGAGCGCAGAAUGAAUCAUGAGUAUUGGAAUGCUGAAUACAACUAUAAGGACGACCCUAACUUGUUUGAUGAUACAUAUGACGAGGAAUAA